AUGCGUCACUCCAUCAUCUUCACUGCCCUGGCGGCAACCUCUGUCUCUGGUCACGGCCUCAUCCGCUCUGUCGAAGGCGCCAAUGGCGUUUCCAUGCCCGGCCUGACUGUGGCCGAUGGCACCCCCCGGAAUUGCGUCGUCAACGCUUGCGGAGCCCAGGCUGAUACCGGCAUCAUUCGCGACGCAGAAAUCAACUCUGGCAAGGUCGGCCCCCUCGGCUCAACCCAGGGCCAUGGAAGGGUAGACCCCGCCCUCGUGGUGGCCAACUUCAUGGGCACCGGCGGCCCGCCCCCUACCAACAAGGGAGCCUCUGGCUCCACCGGCAUCGAGGACAAGCUGGAGAGUCUCUUCAUGAUGUCCAAACGGCGCCGCCAGGAACACAGGCGUUCCUUUGGCAAGCUCUUGAGCGGCCUGGAGGGCACGCCCCUCAGCCGGGUCUAUGGCCUGGGCGGCAAGCCCAAAACGUAUCCCGUCGAGACCAUCAAUGCCGAUCUGCGCGGCCGAGGUGCCGAAAAGGGCCUUCCUACCGCCGAUGACAACGGCGUCAUCACCCUCAUUUACAGAUUGAUUAACGAAGACGGCGGUGGAUCCAUGACUGCCGCCAUCGACGCAACCUCUGGCGGCACCGACGCCAAGGCCUUCCUCCCCGCCAAGGUUGUGCGCGACGUUCCCGGGUCCAGCGUCUCGGGCCUGACGCCCGUCACAAACACCGACUAUACCAUGAAGGUCCAAAUGCCAAAGGGCGUGACGUGCGACGGCGAGAUUGCAGGCGUCAAGCGCGUGUGCAUCGUGCGGGUCCGCAACCAGGCCCUUGCCGGCCCGUUCGGCGGGGGCGCCGCCUUCACCCAGAGCGCCGAGAACCGCAAGCGAGCCAUUGCGUACCGCCUGCGGAAGCGCGUGGCGAUUGGGAGCCGAGCAGAGGGGGCCAGCGACGAGUGA